CUAGGCAUCGACGCGAUGACAGCGGCUAUGCGGGGAACAGCCCGAGAAGUUGUGGAGGCGCUCUUACAUUCAUCUCGUCCAUUCACUCUCAUCUUCACCAAGCUCACCGCAUAGAAAGUGAUAUUCCGUACCAAGUGGAUCCAGGACCGUCGGACCAGGAGACUGAUAAGGACUUUCAUCAGGACAACCCAGUCCAGACUUUUGACGACGGAAUAUAAGAGACCCAGAGUACGAUCAGCCAGAGUGAACGCACAUUGUAGCGAUUCCAACCGCGGUCGCUGUCGAUAUGUCCAUCGAGCAACUACAUCCAAACCACCCUUAUACGGGGACCUCAACACCAUUAUCGCCACGGUCCUCGUUUUCAAUCAACGCAACCACACCUGCGACGCCUGCCACAGGCACACAGACAUCUGCAACGGGCACAAACACGCCCGAUCCGCUCUUGGGCCAUCGGUCUGACUACUUCUCACAGAAUGAAGGCGGAAGCCAGCUGCGAACAGCACCACCUAUCCAUCCACUGGUAGAGACGCUCAAGAUUCCAUCGCAUGAGCCUUCACAGCAGGAAGGUGACUCGCAGAACGGUGACGCGGUUGUCAACUUGACCAGCCGGGAUAUCCCUCUCGGUCCCGUAUUGAAUAGGAGACCCUCAGUGACACCCAGCCACGUUGAAGCGGCCGGCAUCAAGGCCGUCUCGCAAGGAGUUCCGCCAGAACUACGUAACUUCGCCUCGGAGAUUGUGUUGAUCUUCGUCUGCUCAGCUGGUCUUAUGCUUUUCUCUUUUCUUCUGGGGGAUGUUAUUGUCACUCAGCAGCAAUUCAAGAAUGCUCUAGGAAUCAAGAACACAGAGCUCCCUUGGCUGGUGGGAGCGUUCAACGUCGCCAACGGAAUGUCGGUUGUUAUCUCGGGAUCGAUCGCAGAUCUUGUACCGCCAAAGCGUCUCAUGGUAUCUGCCUUUCUCUGGCUGACAGUGUGGAAUGUCGUGGGGGCAUUCAGUCUUACACCCUCGCGGUACGUCCUCUUCUUCAUCGUCCGCGCAAUGCAGGGUCUAGCGAUCGGUGUUUUGGUCUCUGGAUGCAUGAGCAUCCUCGGCCGCGUCUACAAACCGGGGCUGCGGAAGAAUCGCGUGUUCUCAGCCAUGGCGGCGACUGCUCCCUUUGGCUUCUUCCUCGGAGCUAUCCAGGGAGGCGCUCUGUAUACCCAUCUCCAAUGGGUCUUUGGGACCAAUGCCAUCCUCACGAGUCUUUGUGCAAUUGCCGCCUACUUCUCGAUUCCAGCAUUACGUCCGGUUGCCGAUGUUGCGGGUGCUGAUGCCCCCACCCUGCGUCAGUUUGAUAUCCUCGGUGCCGGUCUGGCGGUAUCUGGCUGUGUCUGUCUGCUGUUCGGCCUCACGCAGGGAUCCGUCACUUCCUGGUCACCUUAUACGUACGCGCUUAUUGUAGUCGGCAUUCUCUCCUUCGUGGGUCUGUUCUUCGCCGAACGCCGUGUACCCAGACCCUUGAUACCCAGCAGACUCUGGAAAACAAAGGGUUUUACACCGCUCAUGAUCGCCUAUUUCCUGGGGUUUGGCUCCUUCUUCGGCGCCUGGCAGUUCUACGCUAUCCAAUUCUGGCUGCGAAUCCAGCACGCGAGCCCUCUGACAGUCGGUUUGUAUCAUCUCCCUAAUGCCAUCGUUGGUGUCUUUGCCACCUGGGUUGUUAGUCGGACCCUACACCUAGUCCCGGGCCACUAUAUCUACGCCGUGUCUAUGUUAGCAUUCACACUGGGGCCCGCCUUCUUCCUCCCGCAGAAAGCGGACACAACCUACUGGGCUCUCUCUCUUCCCGGCGUGGCACUUGUGACUUUCGGGCCAGACCUGGCGUUUGCCGCCGCGAGCAUUUUCAUUACAAGCAAUGUGGCGCGGUCAUACCAAGGCACUGCCGGCAGUUUGCUCGUUACGAACCAGAAUUUAUCUUCCGCCAUCAUGACUAGUGUUGCAGAUGCCAUCGGCUCCAGGGUCGACAAGGACGCAUCGGGGGCAAUAGGGCUGGAUGGGCUGAGAGCGAUAUGGUGGUUCGCACUAUCAAUGCAGCUAGUCGCUGCCUUGGUUACGAUUAUCUGGGUGCGGAUACCCAAGGAAGAGGAAAAGGAGCAUGUUACCUGAUGGAUACCGUGCUUGAGUACCUAAAUGAUGGUAGAACCUGGCGACCCGGGUGGUUCCUUUGAUGAGUUACAUUUUUCAAGACCAUGACAUCAAUCGUACGAGACUGAUAGACUUUCACUCCCACGAACCCAGUUGGGAGCUGGAUAGAACGUUGUCAGAUAGACUGCUUACGUGAAUGCAAGUGGCGCUUUCACCCCAGACUGCUUUCAAGUUCAAUUGUUAACCUUUUCGGGUGGCUUGCAUCUUGUAACGGAGUAUCACCCACAUAUUUUCCACGGAGAACUGAGAGUGGGAGUAUUAUUCAUUCUAGAGGUGCGAAAUGUCGAAUUAUACUCAUUGUCAACCC